AUGAGAGAAGAGCACCGACGAUUAGCGUUAGAGUUAGAAAGAGAGAGGGAGGAGAGGCGCAAGCUUGCAGAGGAGCUGAAACGGCUUGAGAGGGAAACGAGGGAGAGGGAGGAGAGGAGGCGGAUGGAGAAGGAACGCAGGCGCGCGGAGAAGGAGAAGCUAGUGGCGGAAGUGGCAGCGCUGCAGCUGCCCGCAGGGGCGGACGCGGAGGACGGGGGGACGGGGGAGGGGAGGCGGACUCCGCGCAUGGGCGGGGGGAUGCUGUCCCCCUUUGGCGGAAGGCAGAAAACGCCUGAGCGGGAGCGGAGAGGGGGGAAUCGGCCUAUGACACCUGAGAGGAGACCUGUCACACCUGAGGGUAUGCAGGCCAGACUGACCAGGAAAAACCGGGAGGUGAUUCGGGCAGCCCGAAAAGAAGCAGCGGCGGGCGGGCAGGCGGAAAAGGCUGGGGAUGGGGGACAGGCGGCGCUGCAGCAGGUGCUGGUGAAUAUUCUGAAGCGGCCUUUUGCGGAUGUCAGGGAGUCUUAUAAGGUGGAUAAGAACGAGCUGGGCCGGGGCAGGUUCGGGGUGAUCCGAGCCUGUGUGGAUCGGGUGACGGGGGAGAGGCUCGCAUGCAAGACAAUCAGCAAAGGCAUGCUGCAGUGCCAGCAAGACAUAGAGGACGUGCGCAGGGAGGUGGCGUGCCAGCAAGACAUUGAGGACGUGCGCAGGGAGGUGGCGGUGAUGGAGAUGCUGCAGGGCCACCCAGACGUGGUUAACCUCCGCAGCACGUUUGAAGAUGCACAGGACGUGCUUCUGGUGAUGGAGCUGUGUGAGGUGGGAGAGCUCUCUGACGUGCAUCUGGUGAUGGAGCUGUGUGAGGGCGGGGAGCUGUUUGACCGCAUUAAAGCCAAGGGCAAGUUCAGCGAGGCGGAGGGCGCGCGGGUGCUGCGCACGGUGAUGGGCGUGCUGCAGCACUGCCACGAGCUGGGCGUCAUGCACCGCGACUUAAAGCCCGAGAACAUUCUGCUUAACAGCAAGGAGUCGGACACGGAGCUGAAAGUGAUUGACUUUGGCGUUGCCACCUUCUUCCAACGAGGUGAGAGGGUCUGGUGCACGGGUGCUGCACACGGUGAUGGGCGUGCUGCAGCACUGCCACGACCUGGGGUCAACUUAAAGCCCGAGAAUAUUUUUCUCAACAGCAAGGAGUCGGACACGGAGCUGAAAGUGAUUGACUUUGGUGUUGCCACCUUCUUCCAACGAGGCAAACCGUGCACAGACAUGGCAGGGAGUCCGUACUACCUUGCUCCCGAGGUUUUAGCCGAAAAAUACGGCCCUGAGGCGGACAUCUGGAGCGCGGGGGUGGUGCUCUACAUCCUGCUAUGCGGCCUGCCGCCCUUCUGGGGCACCACGAAUGAGGCUAUCUUUGAGGCGAUCAAAGAGGCCACGCUCAACCUCGUUCGCCCGCCGUGGCCCAAUAUCUCGGAGGACGCAAAGGACCUUGUUCGCCAGAUGCUCAACCGGAACCCUAAAAAGCGCAUCACGAUUGAAGAGAUUCUGGAGCAUCCUUGGAUCGUGAAGAAUGCAGGCCCACCAUAA